AUGAGUCAGCCACCACCUGGUCAAUACGAUUACUCCCCAGGGAGGAAGAAACAUCGCCAUGGGUCAUCCUACUUUACACCUGCCGAUCCCUACCGAGCAGCACGGAAAAGCGCCACGCCAGAUUCCGUUGAAUCCGAAGCAAUCCAUUCUCGAACAGGAUCAGAUAGUAGCACCAGCCGACUCGCCCCAGGCCUGCCUUCCCAUACCAACAACGCUCAUAACAAGAAAAAAUCGUCCAAACAUCACCAACAUCGAUCAUAUUAUGACCCUUACGAUCCAUACGCUGUACCACCACGAUCCCAACAACAACAACAAGAAUACCCAACGACGGCAAUCACAAUGGCUGUUGGUGCUGAGAAAUACAGAUCGAGUAUGGAUUCACAGCAGCGCGCCAAUUCGUAUUUGCCAUAUUCACAUCAUGACCGAGGCGACCCGUUUGCAACGCCUGAUCCAGUGUAUAUCGAGGAAGAGAACUUGCCGAGCUUUGUUUCUCCAUCCAAAGACGGUGGCGUUGGCUCGCUGCUGCAGGACAAUAUCGCCAUGGACAGUGUGUCUGAGCAACAACAUCGAUCGUUCCAACAGCAUAAUGAAGGAUUGGCUGCAGUGUUUGGGACAUUUGUGUUUGUGAUUAUCGUUGCCAUCGUCUGGUACUUUGUGUGGCCGCGAUUUGCGAAUGCUAUUGUACUCAAUGGAGCGGAUUGGGCCGAUGGCGUCGAAUUGGUCAAAGUAGAUAAUGUGUUCCAGGGUGCAUGGAACGUUACUUUCACGGUUGACAACUCGGAAAACUGGGUUCCUACACGGAUAAGCAAUUUUGAAAUCAGGGCAGCAGAUAUGUCUACUGGCAAACAGAUCGGUACAGGCAGCACCGGCUCGAUGGUUUUACCUGGUAGACAGUCAAUGCUCGAUAUCAAUGUCAUUGUUGAUAUCGAUUACAGCUCUUCUAAAAGCGAUGAUACCACCUUACAGAACUUGGUUGCUUGUAGUAUCAAAGCCCAAAACCCAGGCACCGUAACGCCGUAUAAUGGCACAAUGACUACAGGAGGCACAUCGUUUAACGUUGUAUUUUACGUCAAGCAGCAGAUCAGUGGCAUUACAUGGGAAAGAACGUCUUCGGUACGAGAAUCUGCAUUCCAAUGCCCAAUACCAACAGAUUAA